AUGAGUACAAGCGGUUCCAAGGAGAAAACCACAGGCGGAAUGAGUAGCAGUUCUCAAUCUGACGUUGUGAUCGAGGAUGCUCAGCUUAUGCCUGUUCGCGAGAACGGGAAUCACUUUGAAUUGCCGUGCUCCACACUAGGUUCGCCAUCCAGUAGUAUGACGCAUUUUCUUGACACACCUGAUGGCAAGAGUGUCAGUACGGAUCAGUGGCAAGAUGUGAAUUUGCUGGUAGGGGAGAACCCUAAUCGUGGCUCUGCAGAUAGUUUGGCGCAGAUAUCACAGUUGAUUUCGUGGUUUUCCAGUUCUGGUUGCAUAGAUUGGGUGUUUUUGUUAUGCGUUGUUUCUCGAGAUGUUGUACGAUUGCGGGCUGAAGUUAAUGCAGACUCAGUGCGAAAAGCGGGAUUGGAUGCGCUAAAGCAAACUCUGAAAGGCUGCGGGGAACUUGUGGACUGGGCUGCGCAGAAUUGCCUUGGUUAUGUAUCAAUUCUGCAUGUGUUCGCUGCCUAUCUGGACAUAGUGGCAGAAGCUGUUGGUUUGCCGAAGCAUGCCUUGAAAGAUAAUUCUUCUCCUCAUGUUCCGUCCGCCGUCGUCAAAACUCCUUCAUUCAAAUUAGCCUCACCGCCAUCAGGUGGCUCAUUGCGAGCCCAUCGUGCCAUAGCUAAUAGCGCUAAGCUAAACGAGACUUUCGGCCUACCUGGACGACGGGGACGAGAACGUAGCCGAUCCGUGGAUAGGGCUGACUAUAUCGUUGGAUCGACGGACCACGAAAAUGAAUCAUGUGUACUUAUGUAA